AUGAAACCAUGGAUAUCCCCGCUGGAAAAUUCUAAGAUUGAAUAUUAUGAUACUAGGGAGAACCAAGAGCAAGCCAAACCAGCUAUCCUUAGGAGCAGAAUCAAAGGCAAAGCAGCAGAUUGGAUAUUGAGGCGAUCCAAGACAACAACGUCAUCAUGGGACGAGGUAGUCAAGGCCCUAAAGAAUAAAUAUGACAACGCAGACCGAAAUGAUGAGAGUAGGCGUAGCUCAGAGAACCAGCUGCUCAAAAUGAAAGAAGGAAAGUUGACCCUCAAGCAAUACUUCAGAAAAGCAACUCUGAACGAGACUGCACCAAAGAGCUUCAUCCUAGGAAUCAAAGAUGAGAACACGAGGAAAAAGAAGAAGAAGAAGAAUAGGAACAGGAGGAAGAAUGAGGAAGUGGGGAACACGUCUAAUGGUGAGUCAGACAUUGAGACAGAGGAUAGCAGUAGCAGCGAGAGUAGCAGCAGUAAAAGCAGCAGCAGCAGUAAUAGCGAGAGUGGAGAGUCAGAGAGGAGAAGGAAGAAUAAGAAGAAGCAGCAGAAGAAGAAGACGAGGAUAAAAAAGAUGUCGUUCAAUCAAGAUGGGCUCCAAGCCAUCCUAGCACCCGAAACCGAAGUCUUCGCGGGGCAAAGAGGUAGGAGAGGCCCACCUAAUGGUCCCCAGCACAAUCAGGGCAGCUACAAUCACACCCAUCUGAGCUACAUCCAGGGCAGGCAGAGCUUUGGACUGGGGUAUAGUUCUCCUGAACAUUUUGCUCAAGCUCCAUAUGGUUCAGAUCCGACGCAGUAUCCUGAGCAACGAAACUAUCAGAACCAGUAUCAGUACCCUGGCGAGAGGCAUCAGUAUCCGAAUGAGAGACAAUGGUCGAACGAGUCGAGGAGACCGAGUGGAUUCCAAGGCGAGCAAAGACCUCCCGGAAACCUUCAGAAAGUUCCAAGCUUGCCUAUUGCUCAUGGAGUCGAGUACUGGAGACAAAGCAUGGACAAGAUGCAUACUUCUGAAGCGAGCCUGAUCGAGUGGAUCGAUGCACAUAAUAUCGAGAAAAGGGUAGGCAAAGAAGCAUUUGGUAGCAAGUGGAAUAUAGUGGCAUCAAGAAAGAAGGUAACGGUAAGAGAGGAAACAGAGGAAGCAGAGGGGAGUGGACGGGGCGUUGAUACUUCUGAGAAUCAAGCUAAACAAGUAUCAACAAAAGCAAACGAGUUGAAAGAAGAAAGCAACUACAACCCACCCGAGAAAAAAGCAAAGACACAAACCCGCACAACGGUCAAAGUAGCGUUGGACAUCAAGAAACCUAUCAAAAUGAUGAAAGGGCAACUCUUUGAGCUUGCUCCCGCAGCUAGAAGGGACGUUGCAAAAGGACUGGUACAAGAACGAGCAUCAAAACCAGCAAAACUUAAGGCCGACAAAAGCAAAGAUAUCGAGAUGAAGGAUGCCGAAGAAAUCACAGGAGUUGAUUUGAUAGGUUGCAAGAGAGCUAGUGCCGAUGAUAGGCCUGUGCUUAACAUUUGUACAUACGGGAAAGUCAGAUUACCUAACAAUGGAGGGUACUAUGAAUUGAAGAAAUGCCAGGUACAAGGAGACUACGAAACGGACACGUACAUCAUUAAAGAUCGCGAAGGGAAUGACUACUCAGUUCCUGCUAUGAAAGGGAAAAAUGUCAAGUCACAGCAAGUUUCAUUAAGGCGAGAAUUGGCGAUCGUCAACCUCAAUGAAAUAGACCUCGACGAAGAAAUAAUCGAAGAACAUGAAAGCGGUCAGGACCUGAUGUCAGCGAUAAUUUAUCAAAUCGUGAAGCAGACCGAAGAACAAGAUAUUGAAGGCUCUGAGGAUGACCAAGUCUAUGGUAUCAAUACGACUGGGUAUCCGACAGACGAAAGGCCUGCUGACUACCAUAGAGAAAUGGAUAAGUCCGCAAACGAUACCAUGAUUCAGGAGUGGCAUGAAUCGUGCAAAACCACAAUCAGGCCUGCUGCGGCAACAGAGGAGGAAUGGAAACAUGCAAUGAGGCUUCUCUACACCUGUAGAGACCG